AUGUCCGCCCUCACCAGCAGCUUCUGCCGUCAAGCAGCUCGCACUCUCCGCCCCAGGCCAGCUCUCGCAAGCUCUGCCAGAGCUCUCCGUCCCGUCGCGCUUCAAGCCGCCCGCCCGCCCAUCAUCUCCCGCAUUUCGAGAGCCUCGUUCGCCACCACCAUGCCUACCAAGAGCGACAAUGCCACCGCCGUGCCCGCCGGCAAGAACGAAUUCGACCCCGAGGUCGUCGACAUUGCGAGCUAUGUCCACAACUUCAAGAUCGACUCGCCCCUCGCCUUCGACACCGCCCGCUGGGUCUUCCUCGACACCCUGGGCUGCGGUCUGAAGGCUCUCGAGUUCCCCCAGUGCACCAAGCUGCUCGGCCCCGUUGUCGAGGGCACCUCCGUCCCCAAUGGCACUCGUGUGCCCGGCACCCCCUACCAGCUCGAUCCCGUGCAUGGUGCCUUCAACAUCGGCGCCAUGAUCCGCUGGCUUGAUUUCAAUGAUUGCUGGCUCGCCGCGGAAUGGGGUCACCCUUCCGACAACCUGGGCGCCAUCCUCGCCGUCGCAGACUGGAUCUCGCGCACGAACCGCGCCGGUGGUAAUCUGGGCAAUGGCAAGGUCUUGAAGGUCAAGGACGUGCUGGAGGCCAUGAUCAAGGCCCACGAGAUCCAGGGCGUCAUGGCUCUCGAGAACUCGUUCAACAAGGUCGGCCUGGACCACGUCGUCCUGGUCAAGCUUGCCUCGGCUGCCGUUGUGUCCAAGAUGCUCGGCCUCAACGAGGCGCAGACCCGCGACGCCAUCACCCAGGCCUGGGUCGACGGCCAGUCCAUGCGUACCUACCGCCACUCUCCCAACACCAUGUCCCGCAAGUCGUGGGCUGCCGGUGAUGCCUGCGAGAGGGCUGUUAACCUUGUCCUGAAGGUUCUCAAGGGCGAGGGCGGCAUGCCGACCGUGCUUUCCGCCCCGACCUGGGGCUUCUACGACGUCAACUUCAAGGGUGGCAAGUUCCAGUUCCAGAGGCCCUACGGUAGCUACAUCAUGGAGAAUGUCCUGUUCAAGGUCUCCUACCCUGCCGAGUUCCACUCCCAGACUGCCAUCGAGGCCGCUCAGCGCUUGAACUCGAAACUGAAGGCCAUGGGCAAGACCGCCGAGGACAUCGAGUCCGUGACCAACCGGACUCACGAGGCCUGCAUUCGCAUCAUCGACAAGCAGCUGAAGCCAAUGGACAACUUUGCCGACCGUGAUCACUGCGUUCAAUACAUGGUUGCGACUAUGUUCGUCUUCAACCGUCUUGAGGCGAGCGAUUACACCGACGGCAGCGAGGCUGCUACGUCGCAGCUGGUUGAAUCUCUUCGUAGGCGCAUUUCUUGCGUCGAGGACCCGCAAUUCACCAAGGACUACCACGACCCUGAGAAGCGCACCAUUUCCAACGCGUUGACCGUCACUCUCAAGGACGGCACUGUUCUUGAUGAGGAGAGAGUCGAGGCCCCGCUGGGCCACAAGCUGAGAAGAGAGGAGGCCAAGCCUCACAUUUUGAACAAGUACAAGGCUCACCUCGCUCCCCAUUACCCGGAGCAGAGGGUCAAGGAGCUGGUCGAGCUUGGCCAGGAUCAGAGCAAGUUGGAGCAGAUGGAUGUCGACAAGUAUGUUGACCUCUAUGUAACGAACUAA